ACUGACAGUGACAAACGUCAAACAAUAGGUACCUAUAUAGGUAGGUAUCACAAUUUCGCAAACACAAAUGCUAAUUUCAAUUUUCAAAAAGUCAAGUGAAGACAUAUAUACUGAAUUAAACUGCGCGUAAUCCCGAAUAAAAUGGCUUCUAGUUAUUUCACUGAAAGCGAGGCUCCGAGAGAUUUUAGAGUUUCUUCAACAGAGAGUGACGGGCAAUACACAAAAUGCCACCUGUGCUAUACAGUAAAGAGGAACUUUUACUGCACGGACUGUAUAAAAGAAGGAAAUUUUGUACAUAGUUCAAUGCCUUAUUCGGACAGAUAUUCAGAAAAACUCUCAAAACUACUGAGAUUAAAAAUGAAUCGCAAACACAUACUAGAUCGCUGUGAGAGGCUCCUAGCCCCGAAGCUAAAAAAGGACUCCCUCCUGACAGAAGCAAAACAAUGUAGAGACAAAAUUGACCUACUGAAAUUAGCAAUAAAUCAAAGACGCAGCAAUGUAGAUGAAAAGAAAAAAGAGUUAAGUGAGCUAAAAACUUACAAUACAGAAUUGCGUUUACGGCUUCCAAGAUAUCAGAAAAGGGUAGCAAGUCUGGGUACCCAUUCAGAGAAACAGAAAUUGGAAUUGCAGCAUAAAAUUAAUCUGUACAAUGAACAGGCUGACUCGUUGGCUGCACUACGCAGGUCUUGGAUACGCCAACUGACCACUUAUAUAUUUCCCGUGUAUAUGAGUUAUGAUACAAGUGACAGCAUAGAAGACAUGGAGUUUAUAGGAGAAGACCUCCAAGAACCAGUGGGAAGAGCUCAACUACACAUUGUUGCUCCAAGUAUCAGCACUGAUGGAGAUUACUCGGAUAUAACCUUAGGGCCAUUAAACAAGGAGGGCUCUACAACAGGAGUACCGGACGCGGCGGACAGCACCGCGGCGGCGCUGGGGCUGGCAGCACAGUUACUGUGCAUGUUGGCCUGGAUGUUACACAUUCGCUUACCACAUUCUUUAUCAUUGUCGGAGUACAUGACGUCACGCGUGGAGUCGGCGGAGGCGUGCGUGAGCGCGCGGCGCGUGUGUGCGUGCGCGGGGGCGGUGUGUGCGGGAGCGGGGGUGCGCGCGGGGGCGGGGCAGGGGGGCGCGCUGCACUCGCUGCACGCUCUGCACGCACUGGCGCUCGCCGCCGCCGUGGACGACCCGCUGCUGGCCAGGCUGGACACGGAGGAGGCGUUUGCGAGCGCCGGAGCGUGCGCGUGCGCGGGCGCCAGUGCGGGCAGCGAGCGCGACGACGCCGAGCCCGAGCACCUGCACUGGCCCGACAACAUGGCGGCGCCGGCGCCGCGCGCGGGCCCGACGGCGCUCGUCACGUCGGCGGCCGCCUCGCUCGCCUCCAUGUGGCGCGGCUGGACGAACUGACGCGCCGGCACAUCACGAGCACAACGCCGGACUACUUUACACCAAAUAGUUUUAUAAUGAGACAUCGCGUGCAAAGUUUGGAAAUAUUAGCAACAAACAAUUCCUAUUUUUCGAUAGUGAUAUUCAAAUAAGAAGUCAUUUGUAAAAAAAUAUAUAUUUUUGUCUGGAUCGGCCAUUCUAAUGUUGCGUAAUCCAAGUACUUGGAAAUUUAAAAACGAGCGAACAUUGCGCAUUAUGUUUUAAUUUUUUUAAAUGAUGUACAAUUUCAAUUAUGCACUAAAGUACAUAAAUAGAUUAUAUUACUUUCAUCGAACUGUUUUCAAACGAUUUUAUUACCAAUAAAAUUUAUAUUCAAUUACAACUUUAACUGUGAUUUAGUUUCGUUUCAUAGUUUAGUAUCGAUAUUCCUAGGUUAAUUAAUACUCAUAAACGAACACAUGUUGCUUGCGCACGACUGUACUUGACAGUACGGUCAAGUGGACAAGUGUCGGUCGCUACACGAGCGCGCGACGUGAUCGCCGCCCCGCCCCGCCACGCUCCGCCACGCCAGGCUGCUGCGCCUUACGGUCGUGCUGUUGCUGCUUCAUGUGUUACUGAGCUUUACAAUCCUGUUAGACGGAGGCCUCCAAAAGUGUUAUUUCUUCUCUAUUUUGUAUUACGAGCAUUGACAGUCCUAUUGAGUUCUUAUAGUCAGAUGUACCCGCCCACUGGCCCCGAGGUCUGCGACAACAGUGUGGGCGGGCCCGGCGGGUAUUCAUAUGUUACAAAUUUAUUUUGACAAUGGGGCAAGACAAUUUUUCUUUUUCCCAUUUAAAAGCUUAAGACAUUUAAAGGUUUGCAUUUCAGUACCUAUAAAAAUAAUGAUAACUAUUAUUUAUUAUAUUUUUUAUAUUUUGCAUUAGCAGAUAUUGCAGGUAUAUAGUCCAAUAAUGCUUAUAGCGCUGACUAAAACUAAAAGGUUUCAUUCUAACUAAUUGGCUCGGCGCGUCUUCACUGGGGACUCUCCGAUGUAUGACCGUGCGACCACGAGGCCCACUCAACGCGUAUAUAACAAACCAUUUCCCUUCACUGUUCUUGCUAAAAGGUUUCCGAAGUAAUAUUGUUCCCGCGAUAAAUUCAAUAUAUGUAUAUAGAGCAGACUAGGGGGCGCGGUUGUGCGGCACUGGACCGCAAAUAUAAUUAUCACAAUAAUUACUCAAGGCUUUCUUAAGUACUGUAUUUAGUUUUGCAUGUAAACUGUUGUAUUAGUGUGUAUAUUUCUUUGAUUUUGUGACAUACAUUUUUAUAGCAAAA